AUGAAUUAAAAUAAAGAGAAUUAAUAUUUGUCAGAUGCCUAAAGUUAUUUUACUAAUAAAUGUAUGACUUCUACAAGAAGUACCUCAUUACAUGAAGAAAAUACUAUGAAGUUUAGUAUGAAUAAGAAUUAUUUUGAAUAAUAAUAAAAUGAUAAUGAGAAAGUAUGAUUAUUUUAUAGAAUAUUUAGGAAUUAAAAAAAAGAUGGUAAGAUAUAGCUAAAGAUUGGUAAAGAAAUAAAAGAGAUGUUAAAAUAUUUCAAUUAGCUGAAUUUGGUAUUCCAAUAAGUGCUAGAAAAUAAGUAUGGCCACUUAUUGUUGGAAAUAAGUUAUAAAUUACAAAAGAACUUUAUAAUAUAUUACAAAUUCAAAGUAAAUCUUUUAAACUUGACUAAAGAAAAAGUCUAGGAAGAUUAUCAUCAUUUAAUCAUAUUAAAUAAGAUUUAGGAAGAACUUUUAAAAAUGAAUGUAUAAAUUUAAUUAUAUGAAAUUUUAAGAUUUGUAAAGAAUUUUUCAUCCAGGAGGACCUCUUAGUGAGAAUUUGUAAACUAUUCUUGAGGUAUUUUGCUUAUAUAGACCAGAUAUAGGUUAUGUAUAAGGUAUGACUUAUGUUGGAUCAAUAUUAUUAAGUUAUUUUGAUGAUUAUUAAGCUUUUGUUAUUUUUAGUAGCUUAAUUACACAUUCUUAAUUGAUUUCAAUUUUUAUGCUUGAUGAUUAAAAUCUUUAAAUUAUUUUUGAAUAAUUUGAGAAGCUUAUAAAACUCAACAUUCCUUAAGUAUAUAAAUUAUUUAAGAAAUAUAAUAUAAAUUGUACUAAUUAUUUGCUUGACUGGAUCUUAACUUUGUUUGCAAAACCUUUGAAUCCAGAUAUUGUAGGAAGAAUAUGGGACAGAAUGUUUUUUAAUGGAACACAUAUUCUUUGGAAAUGUGGAAUAGCAAUAUUGAAGAUAUUAUAUCCUAAAUUUAAAGAUUAAGAAAAAACACUUUAGAGUUUAAAAAAUCCUGAAAUAAAAGAUGAUGAAUUGUUGUAAGAAAUGAAGAAUGUUAAUUAUCCCUUUGAGAUUUAAGAGGUUUUAGGUAAUAUUGAAUUAUGA